UUUAUACUAUCUCUCCUUUUUCUCUCUCUCUCUCACCAGAAAUUUAGGAGAAUUUUCUGGUUCUUGUCCUUCCUAUGCAAAUCCCAAAUCCCAAGUUUUGUUUCUACGUGUGGUGAAAAAGACAAUACCAAAGAAUAUAUACACACACAAGAACAAGAAAAGUGAGAGGAGGCUCUCUUUAAAAGGGUUUCAAAACCAAAAAACAGUAGAGGUCUGUUGUUUUAGCCUUUUCCCCUUGUGUUUUCAAUGCCAAAUAAUAUUUCAGAAGGAGAUGGCGGCGGCGCUGCCAGCUUCUCUUCUGAGAAUAACGGCGAGGAAGAAGCUGCUUUGCAAACUUUGGACCAAUUUGGAUCCACUGAUCCACACCAACUUGAACCUUCCAUUUCUAAGAAGAGAAGAAAACUCCCUGGAAAUCCUGAUCCAAGCGCUGAAGUGAUUGCCUUGUCACCAAAGACAUUAAUGGCGACGAACCGAUUCGUUUGUGAAAUAUGCAACAAAGGUUUCCAGAGAGACCAAAACCUCCAACUCCACAGAAGAGGCCACAAUCUUCCAUGGAAGCUAAAGCAAAGAAUGAGCUCCUCAGAGAUGAAGAAGAAGGUGUACAUUUGCCCCGAGGCUUCAUGCAUCCACCAUAACCCAGCCCGAGCUCUAGGAGAUCUUACAGGGAUCAAGAAACACUACUCCAGAAAACAUGGCGAGAAGAGAUGGAAAUGUGACAAGUGCUCUAAGAAAUAUGCUGUUCAAUCUGACUGGAAAGCGCAUGCAAAGGUUUGUGGUACCAAGGAGUACACAUGUGACUGUGGCACCAUCUUCUCCAGAAGAGAUAGUUUCGUGACUCAUAGAGCAUUUUGUGACGCCUUAGCUGAAGAAAACACCAAAGUCUUGAACACACAUGGCUUGCAAGACGCCUCUGAUCUCAACCCAUCAUCUCCUACCAACUUACCUGAAAUCAUCCAAUCCGACAUGAUGAAAACCCCAUCCCGCGACUUUUUGCCGGCACCGCCGCCGCCCAAGCCCUUAAACAUGGCUCCAAGCAUGUUUUCCGGCAGCUCUCCGACCACCCUCUUUUCUCCCCCGAAAAUCAUGCCAGCAGCUUCGUCCUCUUUUCUACCCAACAUGUCUGCCACAGCCUUGUUACAGAAAGCCGCUCAAAUCGGUGCGACCACAAGUACUAAUAACAUUGUGUGCUCUCCAAUGGUACAAAGAGGCUUUGGUUCUUCCAUGGAGCCAUCGCUUAUUAACGACGGAAUUCAAGUACAAACCGAUAAGUCUCAGCUAGCCGGCGUUAUUAGUGGGUUUUACUAUCAUCAAAAUCAGAAUUUGAGUUCAGGUCUGGAUUUACAAAAGGUGGCAGGGAAUAAGGAGAUGAUGAGAAGGGAUGAGAAUUUAACAGUAGACUUUUUGGGGGUGGGAGGUAGGAACUUUCAUGAGCUCCAACACCAAGAAAUGGGACUUGAAAAUGAAGCAGUUAUUAGUCAGCAGAGGAUGCAAGGUUUGAGUGCUGUGUGGGAUGUUAGAGAAGUUUAAUCUGCAAGGGGGUUUUGAUGUGUGUUGCAAGGCUAAUUUCUUUGGAUUUUUUCCAUGUAUAUUUUUAAUAAUUUGAUUAUGUAUACAAUUGCAAGUUCAACAUUUGGUCGAUGAUGUAAAUGUGUAUGCUUUAUUUCCACCAA